AGACAGUACUUUCUUACAGAUCCUUCUGCUACAGAGUACAAACCCCGAUUUGUUCACACUCGCCAAACCCGGUCCUUGUCUGUGGAAUUCGAAGGUGAAAUAUAUGACAUAAAUCUGGAAGAGGAAGAACUGCAGGUGUUAAAGACCAAAAGCAUCACCAAGCGUCACAACACUGAAAAUGAGGAAGAAGCAGAGGAAGCCGAUGGUGCUCCUGGUGACACAAUGAUUGCUGAUGGCACUGAUGCCUUAGGUCAACCCAACUCCGUCAGAGUGACGCACAAAUGUUUUAUUCUUCCAAAUGACACUAUCCACUGUGAGAGGGAGCUGUACCAAUCUGCCAGAGCCUGGAAGGACCACAAGGCUUACAUUGAUAAGGAGAUCGAAGCUCUCCAAGACAAAAUUAAGAAUUUGAGGGAAGUUAGAGGACACCUGAAAAGAAGAAAACCAGAUGAAUGUGAUUGCAGUAAACAGAGCUAUUACAACAAAGAGAAAGGUGUAAAGGCCCAAGAGAAACUGAAGAGCCAUCUUCAUCCCUUCAAAGAAGCAGCACAGGAAGUGGAUGGUAAACUGCAGCUGUUCAAAGAGAAUCGGAGAAGAAAGAAGGAAAGAAAGGGGAAAAAGCGCCAGAAGAAAGGAGACGAGUGUAGCCUUCCUGGACUGACAUGUUUUACCCAUGACAACAACCACUGGCAAACAGCACCAUUCUGGAACUUGGGCUCUUUCUGUGCGUGCACAAGCUCGAAUAACAACACUUACUGGUGUCUGCGAACAGUUAAUGACACCCACAAUUUCCUCUUCUGUGAGUUCGCGACUGGCUUCUUGGAAUAUUUUGAUAUGAACAUUGAUCCCUACCAGCUGACAAAUACAGUACAUACAGUGGAAAGAGGCAUUUUGAACCAAUUACACGUACAGCUAAUGGAACUGCGAAGCUGUCAAGGUUAUAAGCAGUGCAAUCCAAGGCCAAAGGGACUUGAAACAGGAAAUAAAGAUGGAGGAAGCUAUGAUCCACACAGAGGACAGUUAUGGGAUGGAUGGGAAGGCUAACCUGCCCAGUUUCACCGGUGACGUCGACUGGCAAGGGCUGGAAGACUUGUACAGUGUGAAUGAAAGUGUAUAUGAAUACAGACACAACUAUAGACUUAGUCUGGCUGACUGGACUAAUUACUUGAAGGAUGUAGAUAGAAUGUUUGCACUGCUGAACAGUUACUACCAGCAAAAUAAAACAGAUGAGGCUAACACUGCUCGAAUCGAGGGGGACGAAUCAUCCACGCCGUUUACCUCGGUGGAAAUGACUUCUGCCGACGGAUCGAGUGGCCUGCCUGCGGAAGAGCUGCGGCUUAUUGUGCCAACAGACUUUGCGGCCCUCACUUCGAGCACAGUGCAUUUAAGUCAUGAGGGGAAACUUGAAUUCAACAACGAUAUUCCUGAAAAAAGUAGUUUGAAUGACGCACACUGGAGAAAUACUCAUCAAGCUGAGAAACGGAUGGAGGAUAAAGAAUCGGACCGCUUUGAUAUGGAUUUCAGUGGGAACGGUUUGAUCGAGUUGGAGUC